GGGCAUGGGACAUAUCUGCGCGAUGAUCAACUGGUAGCAUCAGUGGCUGGCGCUGUUGAACAGGUCAACAAACUCGUUUCGGUACGACCAGUGAAAAGCAGAUAUAAUGGAGAAAUAGGUGAUGUUGUAAUUGGACGAAUUUUGGAAGUUCAACAAAAACGAUGGAAAGUCGACACGAAUUCUCGACUACAUUCCACGCUGUUGCUUUCGAGUGUAAAUUUGCCUGGCGGUGAAUUGAGACGGAAAUCGGUGGAAGAUGAAUUAAUGAUGCGCGAAUAUCUCAAAGAAGGUGAUCUGAUCAGUUCAUUAUUGAAUUCUUUACAGCUUGCACAAGGGACACUGUUGAAAAUCUCACCUUAUUUAAUAAAGCGACGGAAAUCACAUUUCCAUACACUGCCGUACGGUGUUUCAAUAAUAUUCGGUCGAAACGGGUAUGUUUGGAUCUCGCCAGUUGCUACCGAAGAGCAAAGUGUAACCGGUGGAUAUGUGCAAAAUUUGGAAGAGUUCCUAUUCGUGGUUUUCAUUUGUUUCAAUUUUUCGUCGUUUUCACAGGUGGUGCCAAUGAAAAUCCGGACAGCUAUAGCUCGUGUGGCGAAUUGUGUGAUUAUUCUUGCGAAACAUCACAUCCCUUUGUUCGACACAUCAGUGGUUUAUGCGUACGACGCAUCGAUGGCUCAUGAAGUAAAAGACUUACUAAAAGCGGAGAUUGCGAACAGUAUAGCAGCAGAAACAGCUUUGGAGCUCGAAAAAGCUGUUCAAGAAGUAUGA